AUGGGUCAUCUUGUCACUCUUGCAACAUGCUCCCUCAACCAGUGGGCCCUCGACUUCGAGGGUAACUGCGAGCGCAUUAUCGAAAGUAUUCGGAAAGCCAAGGCAGCUGGAGCCACGCUACGAGUUGGUCCUGAGCUCGAGAUUACUGGAUAUGGCUGUCUCGAUGCUUUCCUCGAGGGUGAUACAUACCUCCACUCGUGGGAGAUGUUUGCCCGCAUCAUCGAUCACCCCGACUGCCAGGAUAUCGUUGUUGAUGUCGGCAUGCCCGUUCGCCAUAGGGACUGCAAGUGGAACUGCCGCGUGAUCUUCUACAACCGCAAGAUCAUCCUCAUCCGUCCCAAGAUGUGGCUUGCCAAUGAUGGCAAUUACAGGGAAAUGAGACACUUUACGCCCUGGCAGCGGCCCCGCGAAGUCGAGGACUACUACUUGGAGCAGAUUGUCGGAAAGAUCACGGGACAAUACAAGGUGCCUUUUGGUGAUGCACUCAUCAGUACUAGAGAUACGUGCUUGGGUCUUGAAACUUGCGAGGAGCUCUUCACUCCUAACGGCCCUCACAUCCCGUAUGGCCUUGCUGGUGUCGAAAUUUUCUCCAACUCCUCCGGAAGUCACCACGAAUUGAGGAAGCUCGAUACCCGUAUCAACCUUAUCACACAGGCCACAAAAUUGAGUGGUGGCAUCUAUCUCUAUGCAAACCAACAAGGCUGUGAUGGUGAUCGUCUGUACUACGAUGGUUGCGCAAUGAUUGUGGUCAAUGGCAACAUUGUGGCCCAGGGUUCACAAUUCUCCCUGAACGAUGUUGAGGUUGUUACGGCUACUGUUGAUAUUGAAGAGGUCCGGACCUACCGCUCUAGUGCGAGUCGAGGCAUGCAGGCUAGCAUGCAAUCGCCUUAUGUCCGCCUCGACCUGGACACGAGAUUGUCCCGUCGGGAUGAGGAUGCCGAUCCCGGCUAUGCUCCCUCUGAAACUCUCAAACCCCGCUACCAUGUUCCAGAGGAAGAGAUUGCUCUUGGUCCGGCUUGCUGGCUGUGGGACUAUCUGCGUCGGAGCGGUGCUGCCGGAUACUUUAUCCCUCUCAGCGGUGGUAUUGACAGUUGCGCUACUUCUAUCAUCGUUCACUCGAUGUGCAGAGAAGUUGUCAAAGCUGUCCAAGAAGGAAACGAGCAGGUCAUCAAGGAUGUCCGCAGGCUUUGCGCCGAGCCACCUGACUCCACAUGGCUUCCUACUACGAGCCAGGAGGUUUGCAACCGCAUCUUCCACACGAGCUACAUGGGCACCCAGAACUCCAGCAAGGAAACAAGAGACCGGGCCAAGGUGCUCGCCGCGGAGAUCGGUGCUUACCACACCGACUUCAACUUUGAUACCGUCAUCACUGCUAUGAUGAACGUGUUUACUAUCGUCACAAACUUCCAGCCUAAGUUCAAGGUCCACGGUGGUACCCGAGCAGAGAACCAAGCAUUGCAGAACAUCCAAGCCAGAUUGCGGAUGGUACUUUCAUACCUGUUCGCAUCGUUGCUACCGACGGUCCGUCAGCGCCCUGGCGGUGGAGGGCUGCUUGUUCUGGGCUCGUCCAAUGUUGAUGAAACUAACGCGAACAGUCUCCGCGGCUACCUGACCAAAUACGACGCCAGCAGUGCCGAUCUCAACCCAAUCGGCUCCAUAAGUAAAGUCGACCUGAAGAAAUUCAUCGCCUGGGCCCGCGACUCCUUCGACCUUCCCAUCCUCGACGAUUUCCUCACCGCGACUCCCACCGCCGAACUCGAGCCCAUCACCGCCACCUACGUGCAAUCCGACGAAGCCGACAUGGGCGUCACAUACGCCGAGCUCUCAGUCUUCGGAUACCUCCGUAAAGUGGCCAAGCUUGGACCCUGGUCCAUGUACGAGCGCCUACUUCACAUGUGGGGGAACGAAUACAGCCCCCGCGAGAUUUACGAAAAGACCCGCCAUUUCUUCUACAACUAUUCGAUUAAUCGCCAUAAGAUGACGGUGUUGACGCCUAGUUAUCAUGCUGAACAGUAUUCGCCUGAAGAUAAUAGGCAUGAUUUGAGGCAGUUCUUGUAUCCCUCCUUCUCGUGGGCGUACAAGAAGAUGGAAGACAGUGUGCAGUACUGGGAAUCGAAGGGGUGGACUACGGGUAAGGCGCAGAAGAAGAGCGUGAAGGCUGAUUAGAGUGUCGGUAUAGGAUCCUAUAGUAUAUUCAUUUGGGGAAGAUGAAGACAUGUAGAGGGGGCGGUUAGCUGUGAUAGAUGUUUAACGUGAAUACGCAGUAAUACACAUGUCACAAGCACAUCCUAGCAAACCCCUAGACUGUAGAGUAAUGCAACGAUUAACCUGUAAAUAUGGGAGAAACACAUUGAAGAGAAGGAAAAUAUCGAACUUGAAUUGUAGAUUGGUAUCGGCAUCAGUGAGAUAUAGACAGAUAGGAAAUCGUAAGAAAAGACAGAAUAUGUGUUUGAUAAAGAAAUAAAAAAAUGCUUUUGGAAAGCAACGCCAGCAGUGACAAUCAGCGCUAAUUGACGACAACGUGAAGCAGAUCCU